AUGUCGCUCGCCUAUUCGCAGCAGCCCCAGUCACAGCAAACGGCCAAUCCGGCAGGUGGGCGCGGUGGUAAUCCGCCGAACCGUGGCCAGGGGCCACCGCCGAGCUCGAUGCACAUACAGAAGAUACUGGACGAGAAUGCGGGCCUGAUACAGACGAUACAGGAGUUCCAGUUUGCCGGCAAGUCUAGCGAAAGUAUGUCGUAUCAGGUGGCAUUGCACCGCAAUCUGGUCUAUUUGGCGAAUCUGGCCGAUCCGCAGCAGAAUGUAUCGUCACUGCUUCCGCCACCACAAAUGUUGCAUGCGAUACAACAGCAACAACAGCAACAGCAGCAGCAGCAGCAACAACAGCAACAACAACAGCAGCAACCUCCACCGCCAACACACGAUGGUAGCAUGAUGGGACAGGGUCCUGGACAACCCGGAAUGCCGGGCUAUCCGCAGCCUGGUCAAGCACCGCCAGGCCAGCAGCAACCGCAACAGCAGCAACAACAACCACAGCCAGGUCAAUCGCACGCAAGCAACGGUGUGGUGGUACCGCCAGGCCAGCAGCAGCACAAUCCGCACGGACCACCAAAUCCGGCUGCUGGCGGUAUGCAACAGCCAGGUCAACAGUCCGGUGUGCCGACAACCGGACACGGACAAAACACCGUACCCCAGGUGCCGAAUCAACCGGGCCAGAAUGUGGUGAUGGGUGGUGCUGGUGGUACUGGUGGUGGAAAUCAACAGGGAGGAUACCGUGCGCCGGGCACCAGUGGACCAAUGCCACCGACGUCCAACUCGCCCGUUGUUGGCGGUGGUCAACAGCAACAACAACAGCAGCAACAAGGUCUGGUGAACCAACAAAAUGCCGGUCCGGGUGGAGCGAUACGGGCAGCGGGCAUACCUGGUCCGGGUGGGCAACAGCAGCAGCAACCCGCCAGCCAGCCAUUGCCACCGCAAACAUCCGGCUAUCAGCAGCGAGCUGCCUACAACGUACAGCACACCCACUAUCCGGGCUAUCCACCCCCGAACCAAGCGCCGUAUGGUGCCCAAACGGGCUACUCGCCGUACGGUGCACCACCGAGCCAGGGUUACGGUCCGCCAAAUGCGGGCACACCGCAAAGCUACCAUCAUGCGGGUGUACCACCGGCCGGAGCUACCGGUGGACAGGUGCCACCGCCAGUGCAAGGCUCGCCGUAUCCGGGCGCCUCCACCGGACAGCAUCCGGGUGCGGGUGGGGCCGGUGCGGCCGGAGCUGGUGCUGGUCCCGGUGCCUACCAGCAAGGACUUCCGCCCGGCGCUCCGAAUGCGCAGCCUCACGUUGGCUACGGACCGCCAGGGCAACCACCAGUACAGUAUCCACCACAGGGCGGUCCUGGUGGUCCUCCACCACCCCACGGUUACCCAGGCUAUCCGGGUGCUGGUGCCGGCAGUGGAGCCGCUGCUGCAGCCGGCCCGAACGGUCCAUACGGUCAACCGGCCGGACCCGGCCAACAGGGCGGCCAUCCACCGCAAGCCCAGGUCGGCGGCUAUCCUGCCCAAACACCAGGCUAUCCGAUGCCACAACAGCCCCAAUAUCCCACCGGUUACCCUGGUACCGGCCCACCAAACACAACCGGACCCAUUCCGACCAGUGGUACCGGGCAGGCGGGUGCAGCCGGUGCUGGUGGAACGGUCGCAGUGCAGGCUUCGGUUUAUCCCGGUCCACAGCAGCAGCAGCAACCACCACAGACAGCCGUUACCGCUGGUGGAGCCGUACCAUCGUCCGCCAUACCGGCCACCACCAGCUCCUCCUACCCCGCUACCAAUCCUGGAGGUGGUGUUUCGGUCGGGGCCGGUUCGAUGCCGCCCGGUGGGUCGUACAGCGCCCAACCACCGAACGCCCAACAACAGCAGCAACAGCAACAACAACAGCACGGCCAACCACCGGUUUCCAGCUAUCAGCAGCAACAGCAGCAGCAACCGGCUGGAACCGUCGUUCCCGGACAGCAACAGCAGCAGCAGCAGCAACAACAGCAACAGCAGCAGGGCGCACCGGGUCCAGCAGGACCGGCCGUUUAUCCGCCCCAUCCACCCUACCACCAGCAGUCGUACGCACCGCUGCCCGUGCCCCAGGGUCAGUAUCCGCCCGCCCAGGCCGGCUAUCCGCAGUAUCCGCAACGUCCGCCAAACUCGCAGAUGCCACCGCCCGGUCCGCAAGGACCGCCGCCACAGGGCGCUUACGGCUAUUACGGUCAGCCACCACAGUAG